GGAUACCCCUUUAGCAGAUAAAACGACGUGUUUGUGCGUGAUACUUUUGCUGUUUAUUUGUCGCGCCGGAGCCUUGCCCUUCACUCACUGAGGUAUCAGGCAGACUGGAGGGGAAUUGCAGAUAACGCUAUCGUUAUGUUUUGUAUAUAUGUAUACCCUUCAUCAAGCCAGCGGAUAACUGCACAAUAUGCUCCUUUGCGCUGCUGAUAUCAACGUGGAAAAUGACCGCCACAAUGAUAAGAAUAUCUCUCGGAGCCUGACUUCAUCCGCAAUAAAACGUAUUCUUUACCGCGAGCUGCCAGAGGAUUGCCAACUUUACCAAGCUUCUUUCUUCGCUGGAACUCCUUGUUCUCAGGAUAAAGCGGAAGCAAAAAUGUCAUCUGGACUGGACGUAAAUUUCCCUCCCCUCUUCAAAGACCUGGAUGGCUUCUACAUCAGCAGUUUCCUCGACGAGGACACAGUGCGAUCCGCUCUGUCCUACAAACCCCGGUCCGACGACAUCUUUAUCGUCACCUACCCAAAGUCUGGCACGACUUGGACUCAGUACAUCGUGUACUGCAUCUUGAACGACGGUGCCCUCCCGAAGGACUUCACAGAAUUCACGCUGAUGUCUCCCUGGUUAGAGUUCUUGGGUGCCGAAGCGGCGGAGAAAAUGGCGCGACCAGGUGCCAUCAAGUGCCACCUUCCAUUCCACAAACAGCCUUAUUCGGAGAAGGCCAAGUACAUUUACGUGGCUAGAAAUCCGUACGACUGCUGUGUCUCCUUCUACCACCAUUGCAAAAGUAUCCCUCACUAUGGGCUAGAAGACGCAACAUUCGACCAGUUCCUCGAGUUGUUCCUUGCCGGAGAAGUUGGCUGCGGAGAGUACUUUGACAACUUGCUUUCCUGGUACGAACACCGAAAAGAUUCGAAUGUCCUUUUCUUAAGAUACGAAGACUUAAAGAAGGACACGGUGGCUUGCGUGCUAAAGAUUGCAGACUUUCUAGGUGAGCAGUACGGUCGAAAGCUGAGAACCGACGACACGUUGCUCGAGAAAGUAGUCAAAUCCACCAGCUUGGAAGGCCUCAAGAAGCAAGUGAACGACGGUGCGAAGCAGAUGGUACCAAAUCUCUUUGCACUUCCACCUGAAAGGCAGUUGAAAUCUUUGCAAAUAUUCGGUCAGAAGUUUAGUGAUAAGGAAAUGUUCGUGCACAAAGGAAACUUCGUUCGCAAGGGUAUUCUUGGAGACUACAAAAAUCACUUCUCACCCGAACAAAUUCAACGAAUGAAAAACUGGAUCGCGUUUAGGACAAAAAGAAGCGACGUCAUGAAUUUGUGGAGUGAUAUUGAGCUGCCUUGAUUGGCUCGCCCUAACAAUUAAAUUUGGGUUACAGUU